CUUCUCUCUAACAUAGACACGUGGCAGUGCCUCAAAGUUUUGACCAAUCCCUGCCUCUCUUUCCCUCCCAACCUACUAUAAAUAUGAAUAUCAUCCAAAGACUCUAAUCUUAACACUUAUUUGCUCAACCAUCUUCUUUCUUACUAAUUUCUAUCUCAACCUCCUAAACAGUCUUAAGAUGGCUGAUGAAGAAAGUGAAGUUCAAGCAGUACCACGCCAAAAAGCUCCCAAGUUAAAUGAGAGGAUUCUUUCAUCUCUGUCGAGGAAAUCAGUUGCUGCACAUCCGUGGCAUGAUCUUGAAAUUGGACCUAAAGCUCCCUAUAUUUUCAAUUGUGUUGUUGAGAUAACAAAGGGAAGCAAGGUCAAAUAUGAGCUUGACAAGAAGACAGGACUAAUUAAGGUUGAUCGGAUUUUGUACUCGUCAGUGGUCUAUCCUCAUAACUAUGGUUUCAUCCCUCGCACCUUGUGUGAAGACAAUGAUCCACUGGAUGUGUUAGUUCUCAUGCAGGAACCUGUUCUUCCUGGUUGUUUUCUGAGAGCCAAAGCCAUUGGACUAAUGCCUAUGAUUGACCAGGGAGAGAAAGAUGACAAGAUCAUUGCAGUCUGUGCCGAUGAUCCAGCUUAUAAUCACUACACUGACAUCAAAGAGCUUCCCCCUCAUCGCCUUUGUGAGAUUCGUCGCUUCUUUGAAGACUACAAGAAGAAUGAGAACAAAGAGGUUGCAGUUGACCAGUUUUUGCCUUCCCACAAUGCUGCUGAAGCCAUCCAGUACUCUAUGGACCUUUAUGCAGAGUACAUAAUGCUCACCCUAAGGCGAUAAACACAUACAGGCUACAAUAUUCCACCAAUUACAAUAAGUCAUUUCAUCAAUGAUAGAUGAAGAUUUGAGGCAAAGAAACUUCAAGUUUUAGUUUUCGUGUUUCGGAUUAUGAUUGACCUUGUUCGGUUGAUUAAUCAAAA